GAGCUCGCAACAUGUUGGAAGCUGUCCACACGGCCAGAUGCCAGCUCGCUGCCAGCUCGCUGCCAUCCGCUCCUCGGUGCCUGACAGCUCCGUGGUAUCGGCUGGACCUCCAGGGGUGGCAGCCGAGGUCGGAGGCCGCACAGCAACCCACACAUUUCAAGUGACCCGUGAGUUAUGCAUUUCCAGGAGUGGCUGCGGUCACUUCGCUCCAGCGCUGGACUCGGGGGUCCCGAAUCGGACCACCUGUGGAGUCUUGUGCCGUCGCCCCUGUGCUCCUUCUCUCUGCCUCUGUCCGCCUCCUCUCUGCUGGGCAUCGGCGCCGUGGCCUCCCUCACGGCGUACUGGCUGCUGACGCGGCCUCGGCCCAUGCGCCCUCCCUGCGAUCUGCAAGCCCAGUCUGUGGCUGUGAAUGGAGAUCCCUGCUGCCGGCGAUCGGCUCUUCUUAAAGACGACUCGCUGCUGGAGUUUUACUACGAUGACACGAGGACGGCCUUUGACAUGUUCCAGAGAGGAUUGCGGAUUGCAGGAAACGGGCCGUGUCUGGGCUUCAGAAAGCCGGCGCAGCCCUACCAGUGGAUCUCCUACGCCGAGGUGGCUGAGCGGGCGCAGGUGCUGGGCUCCGGGCUGCUGGCCAAAGGCUGCCGGCCCAACCCGCAGCAAUUUGUGGGGAUAUUUGCACAAAACAGACCAGAGUGGAUCAUCUCGGAGCUGGCCUGCUACACCUACUCCAUGGCGGUGGUGCCUCUGUACGACACGCUGGGGCUGGAGGCCAUAGUGCACAUCCUCACCCUGGCGGAGAUCUCUCUGGUGAUCUGCGACCGGGAGGAGAAGGCCGCGGCGUUGUUGGAGAACAAGGAGGCGGGCGUGACCCCGAAGCUCUCCUGCCUGGUUCUCUUCAACGACUUCAGCGACGCGUUUGUCGAGAGGGCGAAGAACUGCGAGGUGGAGGUUCUGAAACUGGAGCAUCUCAUGGAUCUGGGAAGGCAGAACCUCAAAGAUCCCGUGCCGCCCCAGCCUCAGGAUCUGGCCGUGGUCUGCUUCACCAGCGGGACCACAGGGAAGCCCAAGGGAGCCAUGAUCACCCACGGCAACAUCGCCUCCAACACUUCCUCUGUCAUUAAGAUCCUGGAGGGUUCGUUUGUGAUCCGACAAGAGGACGUGUCUAUCUCUUACCUGCCGCUUGCCCACAUGUUCGAGAGGAUGAUUCAGCUCUCUAUGUUCUGCCACGGGGCCAGAGUAGGAUUCUACCAAGGUGACCUUUCCCUUCUCAUGGAUGACAUUAAAACUCUCAAACCGACCUUGUUUCCCGUCGUGCCUCGUUUACUCAAUCGCAUCUACGACAAGAUCCUGGGUUCGGUGACCUCCCCGUUACGACGGGCGUUGCUUCACUUCGCCGUGAGGAGGAAGCAGGCGGAGCUCAGCAGCGGCGUCGUACGCAACAACAGUCUGUGGGACAGACUGGUGUUCAACAGGAUUCAGGCCAGUUUAGGAGGUAAUCUGCGGUUCGCCCUGACUGCCUCGGCACCCAUCUCCCCCACUGUGCUGUCCUUCCUCAGAGCCACGAUGGGCUGUCUGAUCUUUGAGGGCUACGGCCAGACGGAGUGCACCGCCGGCUGCACCUUCUCCAUGCCGGGCGACUGGACCGCAGGUCACGUGGGGCCUCCUUUGCCCUGUGCCAAGGUGAAGCUGAUAGACAUCCCUGAUAUGAACUACUACGCCAAGAACGGCGACGGAGAGAUCUGUAUAAAAGGCCCCAGUGUGUUCAGAGGUUACCUGAAGGACCCGGAGAGGACGGCUGAAGCCUUGGACAGCGACGGCUGGCUGCACAGCGGGGACGUGGGCCAGUGGCUUCCAAACGGGACGCUCCGCAUCAUCGACAGGAAGAAGCACAUCUUCAAGUUGUCCCAGGGAGAGUACAUCGCUCCAGAGAAGAUCGAGAACGUCUACAUACGCUGCGUCCCGGUGCUCCAAGUGUUCGUGCACGGGGACAGUUUACAGUCUCAUCUCAUCGGCAUCGUUGUACCUGACCCCGAGGUGUUCGUCAGCUGGGCUAAAGACAGAGGAUUUGUGGGAUCCUAUGAAGAGCUGUGCCAGAAUCCUGAUUUAGGGAACGCCGUUUUAGAGGACAUGAAAGCUGUAGGGAAGGAAGCAGGGCUGAAGUCCUUUGAGCAAGUGAAGGACCUCCACUUGCAUCCAGAGACGUUCAGCAUCGCCAACGGCCUUCUCACCCCCACGCUGAAAAGUCGACGCGCUGACAUCCGCAGAACCUUUCAGGAACAAAUAUCGAGCAUGUACAGCAAGACAGCCUUUUAAGGGACGCCACACACGCACACAAAAACCAAGGUUACUGGUGUCCAAUAAAGAGAUGACACAAAUUGGACAGACCCGGGAAAAGAGGAAACAUUAAAUUCUAUACGUCCAGCAGUGCCUUAUUUUGAAAUGUACAACUGUAUAUCAUUUGGAAUAUUGGUAUUUUGCCUCAAAGUUUUAAUUCAAAUCCAGCUCCUGCACAUGUGUGUAUUGUCGUAACUUCACGUGAAAAAUAACAGAUUGGGACCGAACUACUUUGACUUAGUUUUGAAGUCCAAUCUCACUUUUGUCUGUCACUAAUUCAGAGUUAUUUACUGGGAGAUUUUACUGAUACAUAAAUUAUUGUAUAGUUGAAGAGAUAAACAUCCAAGGUAAUAAGAAGCGGCCUGCAGAGACGUCAAGUUAGACAUUUCAUUUACACGGCCCUGAUUUUAAAAAGGGACAUCGAUGCUCAGAACUUGCGAUAAGUUUAGGUGUUUGGGCCGUCGUUCAGCUUUUCAUCAACACUCUUGAUCGUCUGUUGUUUUUUUUUCAUAUUGGUUCAGAAAGAUUUCAUAAACCAGUGUGAGCAAGUCAUCCAUCACCUAAAAUGAAACUGAGGGGUUCAACCAGCAUGGACUUGGUUAAAACUGAACGGUACAUACUGCUUAUGAGAUUCACUGACGGGACACUACUGACUAAUUCCAGUAAAGUGAAACUGAACAGAAAAAAAAAAAAUAGUAACAUUUUGUGUGAUUUUAAAUGAUUUAACAACUCCUGCAUUUGAGAGAAAUAUGCAGUGAUAUCCAUAAUUAAAAUCAAGGCAACAAUACAACUGUAAACAUGGUUGCUAUUCUCCGUUAAUUUAUUUCACGAUACAUUACAAUGAUGGCUGAAAAAGUCAUUUCACAGAUUUGUGUUAAUUCAUUUAUAAAAAAAACUAAAUCAAAACCCACUUACUUUUUAAAAGAAAAAUCGAACAAUUAAACUUCAUUUAGAAAAACCUUCAUUAAUACACGUGUAAUUAAGAUAUAACAACUCAAAAGACAUUCAACUAAGGAUUUAUUUAGAAUUAAAAAAUGUGGGGGAAUAAACAGAAAACAUCUGGAUAUGACACCCUUUAAAAAAAAAAAAUCCACAAACAUGAUGGAACAAUUGUUGUGCAUUACCAUCGAGUAUGUGGCGAUCACACUGAGGCAGGAAUGAAGGUGGAAACGAGAGCAAUGACGGUAUAGAUUGGUCUAAAAUCCUGGAAAGCUGAACAAACAAGUUGGCUUCUAACUGGUUGAGAAUACAGAGACUUUCUUCAGAGGGCCAAUGUGUGAGGCUUGUUCCUAACAGACAAACUGAACCACAAAACAAAGGAUGGAGAUGGUGUGAAUAAAAGGAAACGGUCAUGAUUCGUAUUGUCCACUAGAGGGCGCACCAGUCUGUUUUUUUAUUAGACCUCAACAGUAACUUGUUCUCUGCAUGCGCGGGCACAAUCUCCCUUUACUGAAGAGAGCUUUCAUGUUGCAUCCACAGCCGGGACAAUGUGGGCACUUGAUGCACAGGCGAUGUUCCCACUGCUCCCUUAUAAACCCCGAUAAAAAGCCCUCGCACAACAUGGCACACAGAUGAACUUAGGGGUCACCAGGCCAGAAUACAGAUGUGCAUGGUGUUGCUGGUAACCUGCAGUAUAUUACACAAUAGUCUGUAGUGUUUGUCAUUCAAACUGGUGAUAAAAACACUUUCACAGAUUGUUAGUAGCAUUGCAGAUGUGACUAAUAAAAACAUUCAUGCUCA